AAUUAUGAUUUUUCCUUGUAAUAAAAAGAAACAAACGUUACGGACUGUUUGGCUCUAAACCAGUGACCACCACCGAUUCUCUCUCUCUCUCUCUCUCUCGAUUGGAUUAGUCAUGGUGGUUGAACUAUGGGAGACGGUAAAGGAAACCAUCACAGCUUACACCGGACUCUCUCCGGCGGCGUUUUUCACCGUCUUAGCUCUGGCUUUCGCAGUCUAUCAAGUCGUCUCCGGCUUCUUCGUCUCUCCCGGGGAACACCGUCCUCGCUCGACGGAGGAUUACCCUCAGCCGGAGCCCCUUCCGCCUCCGGUUCAGCUCGGAGAAAUCACGGAGGAGGAGCUUAAGCAGUACGACGGCUCAGAUUCAAAAAAGCCCCUUCUCAUGGCCAUCAAAGGCCAGAUCUACGAUGUUUCCCAGAGCAGGAUGUUCUAUGGACCAGGUGGACCAUACGCUCUGUUUGCAGGGAAAGAUGCAAGCCGAGCUCUUGCUAAGAUGUCCUUUGAGGAAACCGAUUUGACCGGAGACAUCUCUGGUCUCGGUCCAUUUGAGCUAGAUGCGUUGCAAGACUGGGAGUACAAGUUCAUGAGCAAGUAUGUCAAAGUCGGAACCAUUCAGAAGAAUGAUGGAGAAGGCAAAGAAAGUGCAGAUUCUUCUACAAACACUGUAGAAGAAGCUUCCGCCGAGGUUGCCCACGGUGAAACUUCUAGAAGCAUAGAAGAGAAAACGGAAGAAACCUCGGAGAAGAAGGAUGUUGCAAAUGGUGAUGCGGCAAAGGAGGACUAAGGCAAUGAAGCAAAGCAGCACUUUACUUUCUCAUGAGAAAUUAGUGAGAUUUUUCAGGGUUUUAUGAGUCGUAAAUAUAGCUUUGAGUUGGAAGAAGCAAACUCAAUAAAUAAAAAAAAUGUAAGACUGUGUGUUACCUUUUGGAAUUUAUGACAUCUAAAUCUCGUUAUGAAAAGCUUCAGAUUACAUUA